GUGCAAAAGCAUAGAAAAGACGUGGGUUUCAGUUAGUAACCUAGCCCAGCGUGUCUCAUGGAAGAUGUGACGCGAAAUCACCCCGUUUGUUACUUUCUCUUUCGACUACGUUCCGGGCCGCGUGAGUUCGCGAAGGUCGUCCCGAUCCUUUUCAGCCCCGCCACUUCCGGUGCCUCUGGGUUCUCAUUAGCGCGGGACGAGUCUCGUCUGAAGACCGCCGAGAUUGCUUCGCACGAUAAAUUCCCUUCGGUACGGUUUUACCAGCCGUCUCUGCCCUCCUCUUCCUCUGCAACCCCCUUCGUCGACUUCCUGCGGCGUAAAACGCAUUUUAUUCGCAACCUAAUUGCGUUUCGCUUGGCGCGCGAAGAGCGUCGCAACAACUUUAACGUUGUACAGGGUUAAGCGUUUCAAUUGGGGCCUGGAAUGCGAACAAGUUUUGCGAUAAUUAAGUAUCAGUCUUUGACGAAUUUCGACGACGGUACGGGGGUAGAUUAAGCGAUCAUCGCUGUUUGCUUAAUGUAGAAUGGAGAUAGGUGUCGUGGGGAUAGUCGGACUGCAUUUAUCGGACAGAUCUUCGUGGUACUUCGUCCAACCCUCAUGAAUUCUUUAUUAUUUUUAAUCUGCAAUAAUGAUCGAUUAAAAGCGUUUGUACUUUGUUUGCAGAUUGUCGGAGCCGACGGGUCACAUCCACGACGGUAUCGGGAACUACACGGCGGACGUGAAGUGUUCCUGGCUGAUCGAGAGCAACCCUAAUUCCACGAUACGUAUGCACGUGGAGCAGUUCGCGACAGAAUGUGGCUGGGAUCAUCUGUACAUCUACGACGGUGACAGCGUCGAGGCGCCGUUGCUCGCCGUCUUUUCCGGCCUGAUGCACAAGGACGGUUAUCACAUACGUCGCGUGCCGGAAGUAAUAGCGCGUUCCGGAAGUGCGUUGCUACACUUCUACUCGGACGUCGCUUACAACAUGAGCGGCUUCAAUAUUACUUACAAGAUCAACGCCUGUCCCAGCAGGUAUUCUCACAUCGACUGCUCUGGCCAUGGUGUCUGCAUAGACGGCGUGUGUACGUGCGACGCCACGUGGACAGGGGAGGCCUGCGAGGUUCAAGUCUGCCCCAACAACUGUUCCCACAGCUACGGACAGGGCGAGUGCGAUCGCGAGAGGCAUCACUGCGAUUGCGUCCACGGUUACAAGGGUUCUGACUGCAGCCAGAGAAGCGACCGGGGAUUUUGGGAAACAGUGACGUACACUGACUUCUCACCGGAAGGUUCAGCUAGUCACUGCUCUAUCGUUUGGAAGGACUCCCUGUACGUGGUCGGUGGCGAGAGCUUCCACCGAGCCAAGAUGAUAUACGUCUAUGAUUACAAUGGGAACGUUUGGGAGACUCCUCACGUCGAGGGGAAAGUCCCUCUGCCUCGUUACGCUCACUCGUGCGUGCUCUUCGGCGACAAGAUAUUCAUGUACGGCGGCGUUGUGCAGAAUUCCACCGUGACAAACGAGAUCUGGGCGUUCGACGUGUCAGCCAAAGUAUGGGAGAACGUUACCGUGCAUGACAACUGCCAUAACAACAAAACCAUGUGCGGUCCCUUAAAGGUAGCUGGACACACCGCGACCCUGGUACAGAGCCACGGGAAGAAGGAGAAGAUGGUGGUGAUAUUCGGCUACUCGCCCCAGUACGGUUACCUGAACGUGGUGCAAGAGUAUUACCUGGGCAGUCGGGAAUGGCAGAUAGUAGAACCUGUUGGUUUCCCCGUGAAAGGUGGCUACGGUCACACGUCCGCCUACGAUCCCCUGACGAAUCGGAUCUACGUGUACGGUGGUUACGUAUCCGAGUCGCAGAGCACACAGGUGUUGACCAACAGACUGUACUCGUAUCAUCCAAAUUAUCGCGAGUGGACGUUGCUCACGUCCGCGCCGUCUGCUCGAUUUUUUCACACGGCCGUGUUCGUCUCUGGCGGCUUGAUGAUCGUUUUCGGCGGCAAUAUGCACAACGACACGCAGCAUUCGGACGGCACCAGGUGCUAUUCGGCGGACACGAUGGCGUACGACGUUACCUGCGACUCGUGGCAUCAGUUCCCCAUGCCUAAAGAGAUGACCGACCUGCCCAGAUACGGGCAUACCGCCACAGUGUUCGAGAAAUCUAUGUACAUCUACGGGGGAUUCGACGGCCAAAUGCUGUCUGACAUGCUGAGGUACACGCCGGGUAACUGCGAGCAUUUGACGAAUCAAAAUCAGUGUCUGAACGCGAGGACAGGCGUGAAGUGCGUGUGGGACAAGCGCGAUAGUCGGUGUAUACAGAUCACCAAGAUACCGCGUCAUAUGCUGAUGAACGACGACAUGCACGAUGGAAAUUACGUGAGAUGUCUGGACGACACGCCGCCCCGCGGUAUGACGUCUCACAAGGAGUUGUGCAAACUGCUCACGGACUGCGUGGCAUGCGUGCAGACGUCGUACAACUGCGUCUGGUGCGGGAAAAGCUGUUCGCACGAGAUAUGCCGGGACAAUGCGAACGCACCGCCGACAAAGGUCGUCACGAAUCUGGAACAUUGCGACGCGCAUACCGGCAUCGAGUGCCUGCAAUUGCACACGUGCCACGCGUGUUCCAGCGAUAGCCACUGUAUCUGGUCGUGGUCAAACGGACCCGAUCGUUGCAAGCCCCACUCGAAGGUUCGCGACGUCAGCACACAGGUGACUAUUCUAAACGGGACUAUUCAGGCGCAGCGAUUGUCGAUAGACUCCUGUCGCAGUCCGUGUGUGGACUACACUUCCUGCAAGAAUUGUACCGAGUCGGAUUGCAUUUGGUGUCAAAACGAGAAGAAGUGUGUAGACAAGAACGCGUAUCCAGCGAGCUUUCCCUAUGGACAAUGUCGAGAGUGGACCACGAUGGAUGCGAAAUGUCGUGCCACGGAGACGGGAAAGGAAUGGUGCACGUUUUAUUCGUCCUGCGCAACGUGUCGCUCGGAUCCUGGGUGUGGAUGGUGCGACGAUGGUUCAGGAACCGGAAAGGGAUUGUGUCUACCGGGUGGAGCUCGUGGUCCAAGCAGCAAAAGUUUGGACACGUGUCCUUUCGAGCGGUGGUAUUUCACCAAAUGUCCUACUUGCCAAUGCAACGGUCACAGCAAGUGUCUUCCAAAUAGCAGCGUGUGUAUUCAGCCGUGUGGGAAUUUGACUUACGGCCCUCACUGCGACAAAUGCAUCCCUGGUUAUUACGGGAGUCCUCUGAACGGAGCUACUUGCCAACCCUGCUUUUGCAAUAACCAAGGCACACAGUGCACCAGCGAAACGGGGAAAUGUUUCUGCACAACGAAGGGUAUUAUAGGGGAUCAUUGCGAGCGCUGCGACGUGUCUAGUCUGUAUCAUGGGGAUCCCACAAAUAAAGGAUCGUGUUUUUACGAUUUGGCGAUCGAUUACCAAUUUACAUUUAACUUGAGCAAGAAGGAGGACCGCCAAUACAGGGCGAUCAAUUUCAAAAAUUCUCCGCCAAAGCCUGACAUCGACGCAGAGUUCUCCAUCACUUGUUCCGUGCUCGCGAAGAUGAAUGUCACUAUUAAGAAGGCGAACACUGCGGAGAUACCGCUCCUCCUCGGCGCCAACUGCACCACUAGCAUAUAUAAGCAUCGUUUCAGCAAAGCGGAUUACAGUUUCGGCAGCGAGGACAACAACACGUUGACCACGUUCUACGUGUACGUGUACGACUUUCAGCCACCAGUGUGGAUCCAAAUUUCCUUCUCCCAGUAUUCCAAACUGAACUUGCAGCAAUUCUUCAUAACGUUCUGCACAGAUUACAUGCCACCACCCAGGUGCUUCCUCGCUCUACUAUUGGUGGCUGCUGUCCUCUGGAAGAUUAAACAAAAGUAUGACUUGUACAGAAGAAGACAGAGACUCUUUGUAGAGAUGGAGCAAAUGGCCAAGAGAGCAUUCAGUCAAGUGUUGGUAGAAAUCGAGAGGCGGGACGUCAAUAAUUCGGAUUCGGAACGAAGCGAUUCCGAGUUACCGAAUUGCCGCAAAAAGAAAAAGGAUGCCCCUAGUCCGAUCGCGUUGGAGCCCUGUUGCGGUAACAGAGCCGCGGUCCUGUCGUUGCUAGUCAGACUGCCUACUGGCGGUGAACCGUACACGCCAGCCGGCCAGAGCGCUGGCUUAGCAGUAGCGUCUGCUUUAGUUACGCUGGGCAGCCCGCGAAGGCCUUCUCAGGAAUUGUCGACGAAGGAGCCGAAGAAAACUCGAAAGUCUGCUAGCCAGCACCCAGACUCCACCUGCAUUUAGCGAUAAAACGGAUAAAGCUGUGAACGUAAGAGAGACACGUAAUAUAUUUACUUCGUCGUGGGUGACUAUAAGCCUUAGAACAUGUUUCUGUGAUCUUGCCUCCUACGCGUGUGGGCAGGACUGUUGAGAGAGGUUAACCUUUGAACUCUGAUCGAGUGAAGUGUGAUCUUCUUCCGCGACGAAUCUUCGUUUCAUUUCCACCUCACCGCGACCAAUCCGUCGAGUAUUUCGUGUUUUCCAAGGAGAUUCGAAUAUCAUCGCUGUUGAAGGUCAGCCGAAUGUUUAAGCAUCUCGUUAAUCGCCACGCUGUCAUGGGAAAAAAAGAGGAAUCGGUAUUUUCGUUAAGCGUCGUUCAUCAAUCGUGGUAAGUAGCGUCUUCUUCGAACUGUGCGCGUACGACGUUAACCAACGUUAACUUAGCUGACUUCGAAGCUUCACCUACUCGAACUUCUCUUGAUUCUAUGCGACCGUGUACAGUGUUUGUAUAUAGAGAUCUGUUGGACGGUUCUUUUUUAUUUCAAAUACAAGGGAGUCGUCUCUGAUCGUACCACGGAAUAAUGACUAUAUAGAAGAUUCAUUUCGAGGCAUAUAAAUUUAUAAAUUCGAGAUUGUUACGCGAAGUUCUCGAGGAAUUCACACGAGAGGUCGUUGAACAAAGAACAAAGGGAGGGUCGUCGACGAAAAAUUGGAAAAUUGGAUUUGCCAGUUGCGGUUUCGUAGAUAUACAGGGUGUCCCAAAAAAUGUUGUGACACCCCGUACUUUCCGUGUUUCGUUUGUAAAGCUGUAAAUACGUGCGUUGUGUCUCGCGCGGGAAUAGACAGAUGACGCAGCCAUGAGUGGCGGUGUAACCAACAUAUUUCGGGCCCUAGUGCUAAAUUUCAUGGUGAAAAAAGUGGUACUGUUGAAAGUCGAUAUUUGGUAUUUGUUGAAAACUCGGGAUACCUCGAAUUGUAUUCUUAGUUACGCCACUAUGCGAACUGUACAGAUAAAUCGGUACGAAAGAGGAAAAGAAAGGGAGCGAGUGACAAGAAAUAUACCGUUCGUGUAUUUGUCUCUAGUAAGUUGUAAAGAUUCAAUUCUAAAUUAAAUGGAAAUGAAUAGAGGCGACGUACAUUUCAACGGAAACAUUCAUCUUUACAAAAUACGUUACUGUUGUGUGAUUUCCAUAUCAGAAUCUACUGUGCCAAAUAAUUUUUCAUAUUGGUAUUAUCGAAAAGGGGAAGAAAUACAUUAGAAUUCUAUCAACGGGAAGAAAUCGUGUUCGAAUGGAAAAAAUUAUAAAUCGUGGAAGUACAUUGUUUUUUCUACCUUGUCUCUAUUCAUUUCCGCAGAAAAUUAGUUUAUUGUACGAUCGAAAAGUAGAUUUAGGAACGGAGGUCAUCAUAUCUGCGCUAUGUUUUCGUAGCAUAAAUUUGUCGUUUUAUUGAAAAUGUUCCUGUGUUUUCGAUCGUGCAGGACUGCGUAAUCUUAAUAAAUAACGAGCAUAAAAAAAAUAGAAGUGGACGUUGCAAUACGAUUUGAAAAGUGCGCUAAUUCUGCUAAGUCGAUGAUUUUCAUUUUCGCCACAAGAUGGCGGUGCUGGUUGUUUUACGUAGCGAUCUUCUAGGUUACCUAUCUAGAAGACCGCCAUUUUGCGUAUCAAGCUAACCAUUAAGUUGCAAUAUUUGAUUAAUAGGAAAAGAUGUCGCAUAUUAUUAGCAUGUGGUUGUGGCGUUGUGGAUACGUUGGUUUUUGUUUGUUUUUGGUAUAAUGAUUUGUAUAUUCGUGUACGUAACAUAACGUUAGCUGCUUCCGUUGUGAAAUUCAAGAUGAUCUCAUAUGUUUUACUUCCUCUUCUGAAUUUGGAGGCAGCUCGGACGAUUGCACGUGAGAUGAAACGGAAUCGUGUUACCUUCUUUUUACCAGAAAAAGGUUAGGGAGAACUUUCAGCACUUGCAGAAGAUACGAACAGAAUCGCGGUACUAGCGUUGUCUAUUUUGCGUUCGAGGUAAUAAUGGAUUAGCUAGUGUCACAAAACCAUUUACUAUGCUAUUCGGUAUAAUUAGAUUGUGUCCAAAUAUCAAGAACAAGAGACAUACUAUAUUUAUUGAGUAUCGUUUGUAUCGUACAACUAACUUUCGAAGUAUCGGUUAUUUUGUUAUUUGGCAGUCUAAUUAUUUUGAGCAGCGCUUAAGACUUGCAUACACCGAACAUGUUAACUCUAGCUUGUUAAGCUUUUUGUUUGCAGAAUGCGAGUGGAUGUUUUUAAUCAGUAUAUAGCACGGAUCGAGUGCAAUGCAUUUUAUUUACCAUGUAAUACUCAUUGAAUUUCUUUCAUUCUCUCUACUAUAAGCAGAGUAUUUUAUACGAGGGUGUGACCAGACACAGUUACUUUCUAUUCUAAACCACUUUUGCAUUGUUUCUAGAAAGAAGAGUUGUUAUUUAUUGCUAUGGUUACUUUGCUAUGCUCUGGUUGCAUUCGCGUUAGAGCGUGGUGUACAUUUUAUUAACGGAAAGAUAAUUUAAUUUUUUUUAUACACCUGUUUAUUUUUUCUUUUCAAGCAGGGGGAAGAUAUACUUUGCUCAUUUCAAAGGGGACUUUGUUCUUUGUGUGAGAUUUAGUUGUAUAUACGAGUAAACGUUAUUAUUUAAAAAUAGGAGUAUCAGAUAUUGCUCAAGUUUGAUUAGACUUUUCGUUGCUCUCCGAAAUAGCUUUUUUUAUAAACUUCUAUAUUUAAAAUCACGAAACUUAGACGCGUCUAGUAUAGAAGAUAAUAUUUAACAGGGAAACAAUAAGUUUUACAUAAUUGGGAUGGUCCUUAAUUAAUUGCCACCAGUAUUCUUUGUCCCUGUUCUCCUAUGUUUGUCAGUUGCAUUUAUCGAGCAUCUUGAUACUGCCAAUAUACAUUUAUCGCCACUUAUUGAUCUAAUUGUCUUCGAAUCCCAACAAUUCAAUCCAUCAUUUAACCCCUUAGUGCCCGAGUUAAUUUAUUCUCGUGAUUAUUCCAAGCCAGAAAGCUUACAAAGUUUCUCCAAAACUUGAUGCCAACAUCGUCGUUACUACGUCGGGCAGGAAGGGGUUAAUCGCAAUCUUUCAAACAGAAUCGCACACCGUUGUUUAUAGAUCAAUCGUGUCAGGAUCAUCAGUGAUCGGGGCUCUAAAAUUCCCGAAAUACGAGCUUCUGUAAACCUUCAACUUCUUUAUGUUAAAAAAUCGCUUACGCCGUGAUCCCACUACGAUUAAUCACGCUCCUCGAAUUCGUCCAGUGAAUGAAUAGCGAGCGGGGGUCGAUCAGAAGAGUCGUAAAGCGACAUCCAGUCAUAAUCUACGUAAUAGACCAGGUUUUUAGAUCGUUAGAGAUAAGAAUAGGUGAUUAGAAUCGAACCUAUAUCGUAAUACGGUGUUUCCAAAACGUUUUCGAGUUCUUUUGAUUUGUAAGUAAUCGAACAGAAUAUCAUAUCCAACUCGCAGCCAAAGGUAUCGAGAGGAGAAAGUUUAAGGAAUCUCCGAGCCGAAAGAAUCAAUUUUAAGUCGUUUCCAUUUUUUUUCCUUUCUUGGUGGCUGGAAUUCGAUGUGGAUAACAGAUUUUUAUUCGUACCCGCGGCCCAGACGAACGGAGGCCAGCCAAUACGUUUAAGAAUACUUAAUGUAACGUCUAAGUAGUUAGGUAUAUUAUACGAUAAUAGCUUGCAACAAUUUUUCUAGGAUACAAUCGAAAAUAUUUAUUUUUAUUCAAGCGUAAGCGUAAGGGAACUCUUUGAUAAAACACGUUCAACAAAAAAUGGAAAUUAACGAAACAUUCUAUUAAGCUACAAGGGGCAGAGUAUGUGGUGGAACGAAUAAUUUCUCGAAUCGUAUGUAUAGAUCCUUAACUCCUUAACAUUGUACACAAGAGAAAGGACAAAGUAAUCAUCGCUGCAUGGGACAUGUACAUGUAUCUAUUGUGCAUAUGUAUAUGUACUGUAUGUAUAACGAUAAUUCGAAUGGCGAUACAGAUAUGCGCAACAUGUUACUAUUACAUUGUCAUCGUUGUUCUCUUUAACGUCGUCAGUUAGAAAACCAGGAAGGACUCCAAGUGUCAGAGUUUAGAGUUUAACAACGUGAAACUAAUCGUUGAAUCUGUCGUUAUUUGUGAUUCGAUGUAACCAUCUAACUCUGAUUGGUCAAAUUUUAAAUGUACGGAAGAAUCAGAUCGUUUGGAAACAUUUUCACUGUGUACAAUAUUUGCUUGAUUCACCUGGAAAUAAAAAUGUACUUAUUCGUUCUUAA